GGCGCGCUGCUGCGUGAGCCGGUGUACAACUGGCAGGCCACUAAACCCACGGUGCAGGAGCGCUUCGCCUUCCUCUUCAACAACGAGGUGCUGUGCGACGUGCACUUCCUGGUGGGCAAGGGGCUCAGCUCGCAGCGCGUCCCCGCGCACAGGUUUGUGCUAGCUGUUGGCAGCGCUGUCUUUGACGCUAUGUUCAAUGGCGGGAUGGCUACCACAUCCACCGAGAUUGAGUUGCCCGAUGUGGAGCCCGCUGCGUUCCUGGCACUGCUCAAGUUCCUGUAUUCAGAUGAGGUACAGAUUGGGCCUGAGACGGUGAUGACCACGCUGUACACCGCCAAGAAAUAUGCAGUGCCUGCGCUCGAGGCGCACUGUGUUGAGUUCCUGAAGAAGCACCUGCGGGCUGACAAUGCCUUCAUGCUGCUCACGCAGGCUCGGCUCUUCGAUGAGCCACAGCUGGCCAGCCUGUGCCUGGAGAGCAUAGACAAGAACACAGCCGAUGCCAUCGCCGCCGAGGGCUUCACAGACAUUGAUCUGGACACCCUGGUGGCAGUGCUAGAGCGUGACACCCUGGGCAUCCGUGAGGUGAGGCUAUUCAAUGCUGUAGUGCGCUGGUCUGAAGCCGAGUGUCACCGGCAGCAGCUUCAGGUGACACCUGAGAACAAGAGGAAGGUUCUGGGCAAGGCCCUGGGUCUCAUCCGAUUUCCCCUGAUGACCAUUGAGGAGUUUGCCGCAGGCCCGGCACAGUCUGGCAUCCUGGUAGACCGCGAGGUGGUCAGCCUCUUCCUGCACUUCACUGUGAACCCCAAGCCGCGAGUGGAGUUCAUCGACAGGCCCCGGUGCUGCCUGCGGGGCAAGGAGUGCAGCAUCAACCGGUUCCAGCAGGUGGAGAGCCGCUGGGGCUACAGCGGCACCAGUGACAGAAUCAGGUUCUCUGUCAACAAGCGCAUCUUUGUGGUGGGCUUUGGGCUCUAUGGAUCCAUCCACGGACCCACUGAUUAUCAAGUCAACAUCCAGAUCAUCCACACAGACAGCAACACGGUCCUCGGACAGAAUGACACUGGUUUCAGCUGCGACGGCUCCGCCAGUACCUUCCGUGUUAUGUUCAAGGAGCCCGUGGAGGUCCUGCCCAGUGUGAACUAUACCGCCUGCGCCACACUCAAGGGCCCAGACUCUCACUAUGGCACCAAAGGCCUACGCAAGGUGACCCACGAGUCAGCCACCACGGGGGCUAAGACCUGCUUCACCUUCUGCUAUGCGGCCGGGAACAACAAUGGCACUUCCGUGGAGGAUGGGCAGAUUCCCGAGGUCAUCUUCUACACCUAGGCCAUCCUCCACCCAGAUCGCCCUCGGCCGUCUGCGGGCCAGCCUCCCUCUCCACCACUUCCCUCGUCAUCACGGAAGGGGCUGCCUUGUGUCCACAGGGGCAAGUGUGACCACCUGUCCAAGGCACUGGGGAGGUGGUCGGGCCAUGGGCUGGGCCGUGUCAGGACAAUCCCUCAGUCUUGGGGGCAGAGUGGGCUUGGCCUGGAUGGACAGCUGUUGGGGUCAAGGGCGGUGGUUUGGGAGUCGGGGUUUCCCACUCUGGUUCCUGCAGCUCAGGGCAGCCGGCCAGCUCCGUGCCCAGGACACUGCAGCCAUUCGUCCGUUCUCUUAAACUGCACACUGCAAUGCAUUCAAGCCCACACUCAGCUGGAGCCUGCGCUUGGGCCUGUCUUCCAGCCGAUGGUUUGGGUUUCAUGUUCCUUCUGUUCUCCGCUGCUCCCUGGGGACUCCAGGGCCUGACCUGUGAGCACUGGGGCCACCUGAAGCUCUGGCCUCCUGGACAUGGGCAAGUGCAGGGCACUGGUCAGUCCUGAGAAGCCUCGGGCGGGGCUGCUGGGCCUUGCUGGGAGGUCUACCCCAGUGUGGGUGACAUGUGGGCCACUGUUCCUGCCCCUCCCAGCAGUGACGUGCAGCCCCUCUGGACCAGCUCCUCCCCGGUGUGGCCGAGAGGGCUGGAGUAGCAGUUGAGCCCCAUCAAGACACACUGGGCCUCCAGCUGGCUGCUGUGGCCUCCAGGGUACAGAACAGCCCUGUGCAAACCAUAGCCCUGGCCCUCUAAGGCCACCAGGCACCCUGCCCAAUGAUGCCCUAGGAGACACAGUCCCCUAUCUGGGGUCCCCCUCCUUCAUGUCUCUGUACCUGUGACCUCCUACCCAGAUCCCAUGUCCUCCCCAAAGCCAUGGGAGGUGAGCCCUCCACACUGUGUCCCCAAAUGAUUUUUUUUAAAUAAAGGAGAGAAACAUGCGCCUUGA